AUGGGUGGAGAUCUUAAUUUGAAGAAAUCAUGGCAUCCGGCGCUGAUGACCAACCAGCGACGGGUGUACAACGAGGAAUUAAAGGCCUUGGAGGAGCGCAAAAAAACAGAUCAGGUGCUCAAGGAGCGAGCGGAAGAGCGCCAAAUCCAGGAACUUGAACGCCUACAGGAGGCCGCCGGUGGCAGAAAGCGAGUGGAUCGUGUGGACUGGAUGUACAAUGGUCCGGGGUCCGGCGGACUCGGAGCAGGUGGUGUGACGGAGGAGAUGGAGGGCUACCUGCUGGGAAAGCGUAGGCUAGACGGCUUGGUAAAGCGCAGUGAGGCUGAGGUGUUGAAGAAGGAUGCGGGAGAAGAGGGGUUUAUGGCGCUCAACCAGAAUGCCAAUUCCUCGCGGGAUACGGCGUCCAAGGUUGCGAGCGAUCCCAUGCUGGCAAUUAAGAAGCAGGAGCAGGCAGCAUACGAGGCCAUGAUGAAUGAUCCAACGGACACCGCAGUCGUCGAGAUCAUGACGGCCACCGGCGCAGAAGGUACAGCAACGAGCGGGAUGGAGACAGACGAUCGCAUCGACACAGCUCACACAAGCAUCGAGACAAGUCUCCGUCGCGCAGCCGUUCUCGAUCUCGAACUCAUUCUAGAUCGCCACCUCGACGACGUGAUGAUACGGGCAGAGACAGAGCUGGUGGACGCUCCAAAUCGCGCAGGCGGCGAGACUACAGUGCGUCUAGAUCUCGCUCGCCAAUCAGACGACGUGACGGAGACGAACGUAGAGAUCGCAGACGAUCAUAUCCCAGCCCCAAACGCUCUGGAUCUUCAAAUUCGCACUCUCGCUCACCUCAUCGCGCCUCAAAUGAUGGCUCUCGUCAUCGCUGGAAUGACGGAAGGAUAUCCCCGCCACCUUAUUCUCACAGAAGAACCGAUAAAACUUACCGCCCCCCUCCAGAAGGCAGAGAUCAAGCCAAGGCUGAUGCGGAUGAGGAAGCUGAGCGAGCCAGGAAACUUGCUGCGAUGCAGUCCAAUGCAGACAGUCUGGAGUCUGACCGCAAGACACGUUUAG